UUCGUUGAGCAAAUGCAAGUAAAAUGUGGGUUUUUGGACACGAACCUUAUGUUUUUGUCUUUGGUACUGGAGAUUUUUACAAGUGCAAACCACAAGCUCUGCAAUUGAAUCUGAUUCGAUAAUGCCUUACGGUUAGACACAAUCUCUGUGUUGUUGCUGCUGUUUUCGAGCAUGAAAAGGAUCCGUGGAUUUAUAGUUUCCCAUGCUUUGCUAUUCCUGAUUCUUUCUUCUUUUGGAAUCAGUACCCUCUUCACCGUUUCUUUAGCCGCGACUGAAAAGGAAAUCUUGCUCCAAUUCAAAGGAAACAUCACCGAUGAUCCGUACAACAGCUUGGAAUCCUGGGUCCCAAAUGGCAACCCUUGUGUGGAUUUCAGUGGUGUGUUUUGCAAUCCACAAGGAUUUGUGGACAAGAUUGUUCUGUGGAACACGAGCCUCAGCGGUCAACUGCCGUCUACCUUGUCUGGUUUAACCUCCCUCAGAGUCUUGACAUUGUUUGGCAACAGAUUUUCAGGUAAUCUCCCGCAAGAAUUUUCACUGCUGCAAACAUUAUGGAAGAUCAAUGUGAGCUCAAAUGCAUUAUCUGGUUCCAUACCAGAUUUCAUUGGUGACUUGCCUAACAUUAGGUUUCUUGAUUUUUCAAAGAAUGCUUAUACCGGAGAGAUUCCGGUUGGUUUGUUUAAGAACUGCUACAAAACAAAGUAUGUUUCUUUCUCGCAUAACGGAUUUUCGGGUUCGAUUCCAGGAUCCAUUGUGAAUUGUAGUAAGCUUGAAGGGUUUGAUUUCUCGUUCAAUAAUCUUACCGGUGAAUUGCCUUCUCGAAUUUGUGAUAUCUCAGUAUUGAAAUAUAUAUAUGUUGGUAGCAAUGCAUUAAACGGCAGUGUGCUGGAAGAGAUGUUGAAAUGCCAAAGCUUAGUAGGCUUGGAUCUUAGCACAAAUUCAUUCACAGGGUUGGCUCCUCUAGGAGUUCUUGAAUUGAAGAACAUUACUUACUUCAAUGUUUCAUGGAACGAAUUCGUUGGCGAGAUUCCCGUGAUUGGAACCUGUAGUGGGACGUUGGAAUUCAUGGAUGCUUCGUGGAAUAGUUUGAGUGGGGAAAUCCCGACAAGCGUUUUGAACUGUAAGAGCCUCAAAGUUUUGGACUUGGGGUUCAACAAGCUUAAUGGGACCAUACCGGUUAAUAUCGGGGAUCUGGGAAGGCUUUUGGCAAUUAGCUUGGCUAAUAAUUCAUUAAGUGGGACAAUCCCUGCAGGAUUUGGAAGCAUUGAGUUGCUUCAGGUCUUAGAUUUGCACAACCUCAACCUCACUGGUGAAAUUCCCGAGGAUAUAAGCAAUUGCAGGUUUCUGCGAGAACUGGAUGUUUCUGGGAAUAUGCUAGAGGGACAUAUUCCUAAUACGUUUUACAACAUGUCAAAUCUGGAAGUUCUUGACUUACAUCGUAACCGGCUGAAUGGAAAUAUCCCAUCGAGUCUUGGGAACUUGUCAAAAAUCCAAUUGCUUGAUCUCUCACAGAACUCACUUUCCGGGUCGAUCCCCCCUUCACUUGGGAAUUUGAAUAUGUUAACUCAUUUUAAUCUUUCAUACAAUAAUCUCUCUGGUAUCAUUCCAAACGAUCAGACCAUUCAAUCGUUUGGUGCAUCAGCAUUUUCAAACAAUCCUAGGCUCUGUGGUUCCCCUUUGGCCUCCUGUUCGGGAAGUGCUACGCCUUCCACAUCCAGUAGAACUGAGGUCCUUAGUGUUUCUGCAAUUGUUGCCAUUGUUGCUGCUGCUGUGAUUCUUACAGGGGUUUGUGUGGUAACCAUCAUGAACAUCAGGGCACGCAAGAGUAAAAAGCAGGAAGUGGCGAUGGUUGUUGAGAGCACACCACCAGGUUCAUCAGAUUCAAAUGUUGUAAUUGGGAAGUUAGUUCUCUUUAGCAAAAGUUUGCCUUCUAAAUAUGAAGAUUGGGAAGCUGGCACCAAAGCUUUGCUCGACAAAGAGUGUCUAAUAGGUGGAGGGUCGAUCGGAACAGUCUACAAAACUAGCUUUGAAGGAGGGAUCUCAAUUGCAGUAAAGAAGCUUGAGACUCUAGGGAGACUGAGAAACCAAGACGAAUUUGAACAAGAAAUCGGACGCCUAGGUAACCUCCAGCAUCGGAACUUGGUUGCUUUUCAAGGUUAUUACUGGUCCUCUUCAAUGCAAUUGAUUUUAUCUGAAUUCAUUCUGAACGGGAAUCUCUACGAUAAUCUUCACGGAAUGAAUUAUCCCAGCACUAGUUCAGGUGUUGGGAAUACCGAACUAAAUUGGUCUAGAAGGUUUCAUAUUGCCCUUGGAACUGCAAGAGCACUUUCUUAUCUUCACCAUGAUUGUAGACCUCCAAUUCUCCAUCUCAACAUCAAAUCAACUAACAUACUCUUAGACAAGAACUACGAGGUGAAACUAUCUGAUUAUGGAUUGGAAAAAUUGCUUCCGAUUUUGGAUAAUUAUGGUUUAACUAAAUUUCAUAAUGCAGUGGGAUAUGUCGCACCAGAGUUGGCUCAAAGUUUGAGUCUUAGUGAGAAAUGUGAUGUGUAUAGCUUUGGAGUGGUUCUUUUAGAACUAGUAACUGGCAGGAAACCAGUAGAGAGUCCAACAGUAAACGAGGUAGUGAUUUUGUGUGAAUACAUUAGAGGAUUGUUGGAGAGGGGCUCUGCUUCAGCUUGCUUCGAUAGAAGGCUGUGCGGCGUGGAAAACGAAUUAAUACAAGUUAUGAAGUUGGGAUUGAUCUGUACAUCAGAGGUUCCUUCAAGAAGACCUAGCAUGGCUGAAGUUGUUCAAGUUCUCGAGUCCAUCCGAUCUGGAAUCGAACCAUAGUGAAAAUUCAAAGAAAUGUUAGAUGUGAUCUAUACUGCAAAGGUGACACAGACAGUUGCUGCUGGUUAGGGUGAAAAAAAGGUUAAUUCUUCUCUAUUCAUUUAGCGAUUGCCACCAUUGAUUCGUUCCUCUAUUUGUAACCUUGUGCAAUAAAAGGGAAAAAAGUAUCCAUUUAUGUGUAAGCAUCUGUUCAAUUCUUUAGACUCUGAAAGCAAGUUCUAAAAGUUAACAUCAA